AUGUGCAUUAGUGACCUAGAUUUAGCUCCAAGACGGAUAUAUAAAUCUCCCAUACUGCCAGUACGUCAACGUCUGUAUAAUUUAUAUGAAUUCGUUAAAGAGAAAAUAAAAAAAUUUAAUCUUUUUGAAUCAAAACCGUUAUCAAUUGAUGCACAUGAAAUAACAAAUCAACUCCACUCAACACGUUUAUUUAUCAUUACAUUUACUGUUGCAUUAAUUGUUCUAGUGUUUUAUACAUCACUCAGUAACAGAACAGUAACAGUUACAAUCAAAUCACCCACAUUAGAACACUAUUCAGAAUUACAAGAAAAAUAUCCACAAACUUUGUUAUGUCCAUGUACAGAAAUAUCCAUUCCUUAUAGUAAACUAAUCCAACUGUCACCAACCUAUCAUCAACUUUGUUCAAGUCAAUUCAUUACGGAUGAAUGGUUUCAAUAUACCGUUUAUAAGCUGUACCUUACUCCAACAGAAUUAAUUCAUGAUGAUUUUCGUUGGAGAAGUUCCUUCGGAUUUCAAAUGUUAUCGUCAUUUUGUCAAUUAUCAUCACAAACAAUCAAUGAUGAAUUGUUAAGAUUUUAUUCAUUGCUCUAUUUAAGUUCAUCAUCAACAAUAACAUCCAACCACACAUUUCAGGUAGAAAUUCAAGCAUUAAUUAAACAAUUUCAAUCAACAACAAAGAAUUCAUUUCUACAAAUAUUACAAUUAAUACUCGAUAUAACACAAUCAAAUAGUUUAAUAUCUGGUUUAAAUACAAAUUAUUAUGUAACUUUACUUGGUACUGUGGAUAAUUUGGUUACUGUAUUUUAUCCUCGACGUUAUAAUGACUGUUAUUGUCAAAUAACAUAUAAAUGUAAUGAUUCAUCAUUUGUGGUGAGUGCUAAUGGUGAUUAUAUGGAUGAAAUACCGGGAUUUAUGGAAGGAUGUUUUAUUGUUUAUUCAUUAUUACAAUCAACGUUAGAAUGUUGGUAUCAACAAAGUUGUUUUCAACAAUUAAUAAAUUAUAUAAAUGUAACAACAACAAGUAAUUUUACAAUACUUGAUCCAUCACAACCAAGUCAAUAUCAACCAACAACAACAGUACAAGAAAUUGUUAAUAAUUUAAUGAUUGAACAAUGGAAUUCCAAUGUAUCAUUUGAAUCAUAUUAUCAACAAUGUCAACCAAAUGAAUGUCGUUAUACAUAUACUGAAAACUUAGAUUAUUUAUAUACAAUAACAACAAUAAUGGGAUUAAUUGGUGGUCUGAGUACGGUUCUGACAAUAUUAAUACCAAAUUUAGUGAAUUUAAUAAGGAAACGGAAGACACCCUCAAUAAACAAAAACGGUUAG